GAUGACCAGACCUCUCCUUCCAUACCUAAACCCCUUCGUUGACUUUGUCAUAGAUUGAUGAAGAUAUAUGCACUGAUAUACAUAAUCAGACAUAUAUGUCUGUUCUGUAUAUUUAUUCAUGGCUUCAGAGGAGUUGCAGAGGAAUUUGGAAACUGUUGAAAUGGAGGAUAGAAGAUCAGAGAUGGGUUCAGAUAAACACAAGAACAGAGCGAAGAAGAAUGAGAUGAUGAAGAAGAAGAAGAAGAAGACUCCUUAUUUGCCAAGAUUUGGGUGUUUCAAAUCUAAAGAUGAUUACCCAACAAUUGACGAGUCAAAGGGUGGUCGGAGUUUUGAUAUGGAGGCCACUACCACCGGAAAUGAUCGCUCUCCGACCCACCUCGUUAUAAUGGUUAAUGGCAUCAUUGGCAGUGCUCAAAACUGGAGAUUUGCUGCAAAACAGUUCGUGAAGGAACAUCCGCAUGAUGUAAUCGUCCACUGCAGUGAAUGUAAUACGGCAUUGUUGACUUUUGAUGGUGUUGAUGUGAUGGGAAAUAGAUUGGCUGAUGAGGUGAUGUCCGUCAUAAAACGCCAUCCAGGUCUUCAGAGGAUUUCUUUUAUAGGUCACUCACUAGGUGGCCUAGUAGCAAGAUAUGCUAUUGCUAAGCUAUACAAAAAAGAUACAGCAAGGAAAGAUUGUCAAGAAAAUGGAGAAUGUAGACCUGAUGAAUCGAAUCUUCCACAUCUGGAAGAGAAGUCAAAGGGCAAAAUUGCUGGACUAGAGCCUUUGAACUUCAUAACCUCUGCAACACCACACCUUGGUUCAAGGGGGCAUAAACAGAUUCCAAUGUUACAUGGAUCUUACACCUUGGAGAAAGUAGCAUCUCGCGUAUCAGGGUUUCUAGGAAGAACUGGGAAACAUUUAUUUUUGAUGGACAGUGAUGGUGGGAAACCUCCUCUCCUGCUACAGAUGGUCCAUGAUUGUGAAGAUCUUCAAUUUAUGUCUGCUUUGCAGUGCUUCAGGCGUCGUGUAGCCUAUGCGAAUGCAAGUUUUGACCAUAUCGUGGGAUGGAGUUCAUCAUCGAUCCGGCAUAGAAAUGAACUUCCGAAGCAUCUGCAACUAUCAAGAAACGAUAAAUACCCCUAUAUUGUGAACGUGGAGACAUCAGAGACUGCUACUCUUCAACAAGAAGUCUCGUUCAAGGCCAAACUGGAUGAUGGAUACAACACUGAUGACAUGGAAGGUGUGUUUCUCAGUUAUUUUGUUGAACUAAUUGCUGGAGGUGCUCAUUUUUAG